AUGUUUGCUUAUCUUAUCUAUCACGGGGGGGGCUUUGAGGCUUUAUCGUAUACCUGGGGCGACCCAACCGAUCUCCUUCCCAUCGAAGCCAAUGGUGAGACGAUGCAGGUCACCAGGAACCUUGCAACAGCUUUAACGUAUCUACGGAACAUUUCAAGUGCCAGACAUCUGUGGAUAGAUGCUCUUUGCAUCAACCAGAUGGAUACCGACGAACGCAACGCGCAGGUUGCAAUAAUGGGCACAAUUUAUCGAACCGCCAGGCGCGUAGUAUCUUGGCUCGGAAUCCGCAGUUCUCAAUUUGAUCCGUUCGUUGAGAUGGAUUAUGCCAUCUCGUUCAUCGAGCAAAUCAGGUUUCUAAAAGAGUACCCACCAUUUCAGAAGUAUCUGGAAGAGAGCUCCAGCGGCGCAGAACGGUAUCCCGAAUUCGAAAAUCACAGACGCGCUUUUAAUAACGGUCUUUAUUCUCUGCAACUCCUCAUAGGUGAAAGACAAGGGGAAAGGCUGGCGUAUUGGCAGCGGGCGUGGAUCAUACAGGAGGUCGCUUGCGCCCAGCAACUGCUUCUUCAGUCAGGGCCCUACCUUAUCUUGGAGGAGGAUAUUGAUCUAGUUGUAGAUUUUCUCAGCUCCCCCAAGGUCGCGGCCCUUUUGAUGGAUGGGCGAUACGAGUAUAGGAAAUUCCGCGCCCGGUUGCAAUCUGACAUGUUCUUCCCUCUCUCCAUUUAUCGUAGCUUGCGAUAUCCUGACGCUGGAGAGACCGCACCAAGUCGGGCUAGGAUUCGUGGCCCUUUAAGCUUACUUACGCUUCUUCGACAUGGCAGAGGCCGCUUCUGCGCCAAUGCGCGUGACAAGGUUUAUUCCAUCCUCGCAAUCUCCGAUAUCAGUUACCCAGACCACUCCGGGCUGGUCAUCGACUAUAACAAACCUGUUUCAGAGGUCUACCUUGGGGCAGCACGAGCUGUUAUCGAAAUCUCCUGCAGUCUAGAGAUCUUGUGCUCUGCAAACUUGUCAGAAGCUAACAAGCUACCUGGUUUACCAUCCUGGGCACCCAACUGGGCUGUACAACAAGAUCCAGACAUAUGCGAGAGACCGAUAUCGUUCGGUAGCUAUCAUGUCCCUUCUCCACCUCACCUAGGGAUCACGCAAACGGCCUCCAAAUUUAGGUUCGAUGGCACGGGACGGAGUCUGUUUGUAUCAGGGUUCCGCUUCGGUCGUAUUACCAAAUUCAAGGAUCCUCUCGUUAAUCUAUCACAAGGCGAAGGCGAAACCGACCAGAAGGACCUUUCCCGGCUGCUAUAUUACGCUGAACUCCAUAAGCAACUCUCCGAAGGCUACCGGGAUAUAACGCAGCUAAUGCCACCGUCGACUCCACUACCGCCUGACCUCUAUAGAAAUACUUGUUCUCUGGGAAUGCUUCGAAAUAACGCCGUAGAAGACGCGGUGUCGAGCUUCAUGAAGAGCUUGGACUUGCGCGGCGAUGGCCCCGACGAUACUUGCGAGCCCGUCGACUUCUCUCAAGGCAGAGCGCAGUUAAAGCUCAUGGCGUCUGCCAUUGACAAGAAAUGCAUGUUUGUUGUUUCAGUGGAGCGACAGGCAGCCUUACAGGUUGGCAUUGCCGGUGUAGAAGCUACAAUCGGCGUCGCAGCUCCUGGCAUAGCGAAAGCCGGGGAUUUGGUUUGUUUUCUCCCGGGGUGCAGUGUGCCUCUUGUUCUUCGGCCCAUCGGGAGCCAGUUCUCGGUGGUAUGCGCUUGUUAUAUUGACAGUCUCAUAGACGGGAGAGCCAUGUGCUAUUUAGAGCAGCUUCCCUCUAGAGUUGAGACAUUCGAGCUUGUAUAG